UGCCAGCUCCAGUCAGAAGAUAGUAUUUUAAUGUAAGAUAACACGUGUCACCAAUGCUUCUUGGCAGGUUACAGACGAUGCCCCCCUCCCUUGGUGCACGCCCAUCACCUACUGCUGCAUGACACAGCGCUGCCAGCUGAUGAGCUUCAGGGACGAGUUUGGCAUUCCCAAUGGCCAGAUAUUCUUCCCCUGUGCAGAUGAAGAUUCGAAAGACGAUGAUCUGGAUGCCUUCAUAUGUGGCAACAACUACACGGAAUGGCUGGAGGAGCUAGCAGAGAUUAUGGACAAGGAAAUCUUCUACAGAAUCAGGGGCUGUCAUUUCAGGUCUGUACUAUGUAAUCUGUUGGAACAAAUGUGCAGUUCGCUGGUGUGCAGCAAUACACGGGAGUGGAAUUUUGCCUUAACAUUACUGAAUUGGUUUGUUGAUUCUGCCAACCCUAACAUAUUUUAUAUGAGGCAAUUUUAAUUCUUUGAAUUAAUAUGGGUACUUUGUGGA